AUGUUAAAAAAGCAAAAUGAGACCAUACAAAUAUUGCACGACGAAAUAAAUACAUUAAAAUCUGAAGUUUCGGACAUAGCAACCAAUUGUUCCCAAAUAAAAAAGGAUACCGAAAACACAAAUUUAGACAUUAAUCGUCUCAAAAAAGAUAUUAAUGCUACAACAGUCUUGGUAUCGACAUUGGCCGAUCAGCUGCGUCUUAAAGAACAAGAAGGAAGAAAAAAUAACCUUGAAAUCUCUGGUAUACCGAUGUCACAUAAUGAGAACCUACACAACAUUUUACAUAGAUUAUCAUUAAAAGUAGGCUUUACAAUGUUGCCGCAGGACAUAGACUUUAUACACAGAGUAAGACGUUUUCUUCCUCAAGACGUAACCACUGUUACCGAAAAGCAAUCUCCAUCAAUCCCGAAUAUUAUCGUAAGGUUUACUCAGCGCAAACGCAAGAACGAGUUGUUGGCGGCAGUGCGCGCCCGUCGUGGUAUUACUACAACGGACCUGGAUAUCGACGGUGCUUCGAAACCUAUAUUUGUGAACGACCACCUUUCUCCCCAAAACAAAUUAUUAUAUAGCCGUGCACGGCGUCUGGGCAAGGAGCUGAGAUUCAGAUACAUCUGGCUGAAUGACUGUAAAAUAUUCCUAAGAAAGAAUGACAACUCUAAAGUAAUCUUUAUUGCGAAUGAAAGUGAUUUAAAAUCCUGGCUAAACGACUCCUUUUACAAUUCUGAAUUUUUUGAUAACAGAUAUGAGGUUUUUAGAUGUGACCGCGACACAGUUCUUAGCGGGUGUAGUCGCGGUGGUGGUGUAGUAGUUGCCUUGCGCCGUGAGCUGUGUCCGAGCGCGCACCCGAGCUGGUGCGCACCGGCUCCAGCCGACGAACUGAGAUUUUAA